CAACCUUACUCAAAACCCUUCUCUUCGUUCUCUCUCUGCAUUCAACAAUGGAGAAGCAAGAAGAGCCUAGAGUAGAGCUCAUUUCGGCUAAAGAAGAAGAAAGAAAAAUACCUGUGUUUACAGUGCUGAAGAACAACGCCAUCCUCAAGAACAUUUUCCUACUCGAUAACCCUGCCUUUUCGGAAGAAUCCGAGAAGGAAUUGGAAGAAAUCUUGGUGGUCGGAAGGCAUCCAGAAUGUAACAUCACUUUGGAGCAUCCAAGCAUCAGCAGAUUCCACCUCCGCAUCCACUCCAAUCCCUCCUCCCAAUCCCUCUCUGUCAUUGAUCUUUCCUCUGUGCAUGGGACUUGGAUUGCUGGGAAAAGGAUUGAACCAGGGGUUCGGGUUAAGUUGCAAGAAGGUGAUACAAUGCAGCUAGGGGGAUCCAGUAGGGUGUACAGGCUACAUUGGAUUCCUUCGAGCCGUGCUUAUGAUUUGGAGAUUCCAUUCUUGCCUACAAUUAUGGAGUCAGAGCCUGUUAAAGAAGGGGAAGGAGAAAGAAAUCAGGAUGAGGAUGGGUUCUCGCAUGAUGAUUCACUGACAAAGAGAGAUGAAUUGGAGGGCCUAGAUUCACUGCAUUCUGAUACAGAUGUGUAUUCUGCAGCACCUCCCUUGCCUGAGGAUAUAUAUUCUGCAGUUGCUUAUGAAGAGAAAGUGGAGUGCAAGACCACCAAUACGGGAAUUCAUGUAGAGGAUAAAAGUAAUAUUGGACAACCUGACUACCAGCUUGAUGAAGAGGACAAUAUGCCACAACCUUCUUUUGCUCAAAAGCAUUCUCUUGCAGAGUUCCAAACAGAAAAUGCAGGGAGUGCAUCACUAGGAUCACGGCAAAGACCUGCUUUGAACAUUUGGUCAAGAAGGGGAAAAGCCUCAAGUGUUCUGAUCCAGACUGGCAGAGAUGCAAAGAAGAGUUCAAGGGUCAGUUUUGGUUCUGAAAUAAAUUCGGAGAAUAAUGCAGAUACUUAUAUUCAAUCAUUCUCAAAUGAUCUUUUCCAGAGUGGAGAUAUGGGUGAAAAAGUCUCCACUCCAGACAAAGAGAAUUCCCCUCCUAGUUCUCUACCACUUGGGUCCUUGAAGACAACAGAUGAGUUGAAUUUGAAAAGCGGAUCAACAAUGAAAUCUUCACUUCUGAAUGUGGAUGAAGUUGAUGAAAUAGUUGCUCCAGACAAAGAGAAUGUGACUAUGAAGGUUAUCCAGAAUGGCAGAGAUGCAAAUAAUAGUCCAAGGGUCAGUUUUGGUUCUGAAAUAAAAUCAGAGAAUAAUGCAGAUACAGAUAUUCAAUCAUUCUCGAAGGAUCUUUUUCAGAUUGGAGAUAUGGGUGAAAAGGUGUUCACUCCAGACAGAGUGCACUCCUCUCCUAGUUCUCAACUUCUUGAGUCCUUGAAGACGAAAGAUGAGUUAGAUUUGAAAAGUGGAUCAACAAUGGAAUCUUCACCUCAGAAUGUGGAUGAAGUUGAUGAAAUAGAAGCUCCAGACAAAGAGAAUGUGGAUGAAGUUGAUGAAAUAGAAGCUCCAGACAAAGAGAAUGUGGAUGAAGUUGAUGAAAUAGAAGCUCCAGACAAAGAGAAUGUGACUAUGAAGGUUAUCCAGACUGGCAGAGAUGCAAAUAAGAGUUCAAGGGCCAGUUUUGGUUCUGAAAUAAAAUAUGAGAAUAAUGCAGAUACUGAUAUUCAAUCAUUCUCAAAGGAUCUUUUUCAGAGUGGAGAUAUGGGUGAAAAAAUGUUCACUCCUGACAGAGAGAACUCCCCUCCUAGUUCUCUACUACUUGGGUCCAGUUUUGGUUCUGAAAUAAAAUCAGAGAAUAAUGCAGAUACUGAUAUUCAAUCAUUCUCAAAGGAUCUUUUUCAUAGUGGAGAUAUGGGUGAAAAUAUAUUCACUCCAGACAAAGACAAUUCCCCUCCUAGUUCUCUACCACUUGGGUCCUUGAAGAUGACAUAUGAGUUUGAUUUGAAAAGUGGAUCAACAAUGAAAACUUCACCUCUGAAUGUGGAUGAAGUUGAUGAAAUAGUCACUCCAAACAAAGAGAAUAUAACUAUGAGUAUUCUCUGUCAGAGUGGUGGUGCAGAUGAGGAAACAUUCACACCAGAUAAACAAAUGUUAACUCCAAACAAGGAGAACCAAACUCCUACUUCUGUCUCACUCAGGUCCUUGUUUGAUACAGGAAGUGCUAUGAUAUCUUCUGUGGGUGAAGAUGCUAAAAUAGUCUUUCCAGAUAAAAAGAACACAACUCUGGUUAUUCCUCCUCUGAGCAGAUAUGUGGAUGAAGAAGAAAUCUCCCCUCCAGACCAAGGGAAUCUCACUCCUACUUCUUUCCCACUUGGGUCCUUGAAGAAUACAGAUGAGUUUGAUUUGAGAAAUGGAUUGACUAUGAAAUCUACAUUGGUUGAUGAAACAGUCACUCCAGAUAAAGAGAACAUUACUUCUAAUAUACAUUUUCUGAGUGGAGGAAUGGACGAAGAAGAAAUAUUCACUCCAAGUAAAGAGAAUUGCAUUUCAAGUUCUGUGCUUGAAAUUGACUUAAAAAGUCAAUCAACUAUGAAAUCUUCAAUUCCAAAUAUGGAUGAGGUAGAUGAUGAAAAUGUAACUCCAAAUAAAGAGAAUGUGGCUCUGAAAACUCAUCUCCUGAGGUCAAUAAAACAGCAGGGGAAACUUGAAAAUAUACUGAAGAAGAAGGUGCUUAAUCCAUCUCCUUUGAAGAAUGCUGUUGAUCCCAGGAUCCAUAAUGAUGAAGGCAUGCCUUUCUCCUUGGAGAAUGACAAUUGUACUGAGAAAGUGGGUGAGUGUGAUGGCGAAAUUUGCACUCCAGAUAAAGAGAAUAUGACCCCUAAUACUCAUUUUCUGUGGUCAAUGGACAAGAUUGGAAAGCCUGGAGAAACUAAGAAACACACAUGGAAAGCAAAUGAGGAUGAUUCUCUGUUGUCAAUGAACAUGGUAGGAAAACUUGAAGAAACUUUUAGCAGAACUGUUGUUAAUCCGCAUCAAUAUGAAGGCAUGUCAGUCGAAAAAGAGAGUCACUAUGAGAAAGUGCUUCAAGAGCCGAUAUCAAUCUGUGCUGUUUCCAGAAAUCAAGAAGAGAAAGGACUAAAUGUAUCCCUUCAAUCUGUCUCUCUUACACAGAAGGGCAAAAUAGAUAGGCAACCCCUUCAAUCUGUCUCUCUUAGCUCCAAGAGCAGCAAGACUGAAUCAAACUAUUCAACACAAGAUGUCUCUACAAAAAGUAUCCAUCACAUCAAGUAUCUAGGAGUGGAAGAGGUCUAUCCCUUUUCUGAGCACAUAGUCAGGGAGGAAAACAAGAGAUGGUGUAUGGUGGUGGAUACUACUUCUCUGCUGAACAAAGAAUCAAGGAAGGCUCUGCAGCUUUUGCAAGGUCUCAAAAGGACUUGUUUGAUCAUACCCCGUAUUGUCAUUAGGGAACUCGAUUGCAUGAAAAGGCGUCGUGGUUUCUUUAGAAGAAGUACAGAGGUGAGUUCAGCUUUAGAGUGGGUUGAAGAUUGUAUGAUAAAUACGAAGUGGUGGAUUCAUGUGCAGAGUUCAGAGGAAGAAGCAAGCGCCAUUCCACCAACCCCUCCUGCUACUCCAGCAUCUUUAAUCGGUUACGAUAGUUUCUUGAACAUAGUUUCUCCAACAGCAGAAGACCACAUUCUUGAAUAUGCUCUUUCCUUCAGAAAAACCAACAAUGCUCAACUUGUCCUUCUCAGUGAUGAUGUCACUCUGAAGAUCAAGUCCAUGGCAGAGGGUUUACUAUGUGAGACUGCAUCAGAUUUCCGGGAGAGCCUCGUGAAUCCAUUUUCUGAGAGGUUCCUUUGGGCUGACAGCUCUCCCAGAGGCACAACCUGGUCAUCUGCAGAUGAUGUUGUUCUGAAGGAGACAUAUUAUCGCCACCGUCCAAAGAAACCUUCAAGACUUGGAGAAGCUGUGUGUGGCUUGAAGCUCAUAUUGCUCCAUAAUUCUCACUACAAACAGUUCAUUCAUUGAACAAAAACUAUUCUUCUCUUGAACAUAAAAUAGUGCUAUUAGGUAUAUGAUGCUGCUCCAGUGCUCCAUAAUAUUCUCAUUAUGGGCAGGAUCAAACCCAGUCAAUUGUCCAGAACUCUUGGUUUCUGUUCUUAUAAAUGUAGUGAAUUGGGUUUUCAAA